AUGACGCAUUUUUGUCUCUCAAAAUGGUUUCAAAAUCUCCCCAAAAACAACACGAAUGAGUUCUCCGCAGGUGUACGCAGUUUCUUGAACAACAACAACAACAACAACGAUGCUUUUCUCGCUGCUCUUAUUAAAGUCGUCGCGAUACUAAUAAUGGGAGGAGGUGAAAAAGACGAUUUGAAAAAGUACCACCACCGUCGUCAUCCUCGUCGAGGAGGUGAGACGACUUUUAGAAAGCGAUUCGCGCUCUACUUCGUGUGGUUCCUCGCGCUUUCCGUGUGGACGAGUUGGCAGAUUUCCAAUCGGUUCAUGACGAAGAUGACGAUGCACGAGGACGAGAGCAACACCUUUCAAAACAAACACAAAAUCGUCCUCAGUCACGAACGAUGCGACGACUUUGAUUUGGACGAGAACUUUUCUUUUUCGACGUCUUCCCCGACGAAAUGCACGUGCGAAAGAGGCUACGGAGGUGCCAAAUGCCGAGACGCGAUGUGCGCGCGCCAGUGCGCCCCGCACGGCGUGUGCCAAUACGGGUACUGCUUGUGCGAGAACGGGUGGAAAGGCGAAACGUGCGACGUACCGGUGUGCGAGGAAGAGGAUGGGGUGAAGUGCAACGCAGAACACGGGAAGUGCACGAAUCCGAACUUUUGCCUGUGCGACGAGGGGUGGUACGGACAGACGUGCGACGUGCGGUGCGAGCGAGGCGAGUUUAGAUUUUUAGAGCAAAAGUGCGUGUGCGAAAGCGAGAAGUGGGUGGGAGAGGCGUGCGAGUGGGCGAGGUGUGAACAGGAGUGUUCGUUUCACGGGGAGUGCGUGAAACCGGACGUGUGCGAGUGUAAGUUUGGGUUUAGCGGGAAAAUGUGCGAGAGGGAUGAUUUGAGUUCGUUUGAGAGCAAAGAUAGAUAUAGUUUGAUGAACGCGGGGGGAACCGUGGCGGCUUUGACGUUAUCGAAAGACGUCGUUGAAGAUGAAAAGGGAUGGAGAAACGUGCAAAAAUGGACCUCGCACGUGAAGGAUGAAAAAGGCGAUCAGCCUUUGAUUAAACGUUCGUUCAUCUCGAAACUACCGCUGCCGGAGGUGGACGAACUCGGGAUGGAUCGCAACACAAACGGGGAGAUGAUGUUUAACACGUGCGCUAUUGUUGGAUCUUCGGGGAGCAUGCAAAGAACGAAGCCUGGCGAGGUGCUCGAUGAGCACAUCGACCAGAUAUUCCGCAUAGACGUGGCGCCGACUGGCGCGAAGUAUAAAGACGUCGCGGGUUUGCGCACAACCUUUCGCGUGCUGGACCGCGACGCCGCGGAGACUUUAAUCGAAAGAAAGGAUUUAGUCGACCCGAAAAAUCCGCGCUUGAGGAAGUUCAAAGACACUAAGUUGUUACUUUGGCGCGCGGAAAGUUACGAACUUUUUCCGUUGUUGAAGACCAAGUUCCCCGAGGACGACUGGGAUAUCAUGAGUCCCGAUAUCAUCGCGCCGUUUAUCGAAAAGUAUAACGACGUGAAGAAGGAGUUGUUAUCUUCUUCGCAUUCUUCAACCGCGGAUGAACAUCACUUGCAGCGUCACCAAGCGCCCCCAUCCGCGUUGCUCACGUUAGCGUUGGCCAAACGAACGUGUAAAUACAUCCAAGUCUGGGGCUUCGAUUUCACGAGUUACAGUUACCGAGCGCAAACCGAGGAAAGUUUCAGCUAUUUUUCGUCUCCGGCGUUCGAACCCAACGCGUACGAAAACGGGAAAAGGGACUUUGAAUACGCUCUGCUCAGAAACGUGGCUUUAGACGCAGAAGAUGCGAGCGUCGAGUGGUGCGACGUUGGAAACGCCGAAAAAUGUAUCGCGAAGGCGAAAACGUUCCAACGAGAAGAUGAAGGAUUUGGAGACGGAGACGGUGAUCCGUAG